AUCCCCCCGCGGCCAUCCCCCUCACGGCCGCCGCCUGGGCCUGCGAGCCGCCGCCUCCACACACGGCGGCAGCGGGGAGGAGCGGCGGAGCCCCGCCGUCGCCAUAGCAACGCAACGGCCGCAAACCGCUCCCGGGGCAGGCGGCACCGGCGGCUGAGCCCACCGGCGCGCUGACGGACGGGGAGCGCCAGCAGCAGGCACGGCUCGCCAGAGAGGUGGAAACUGGGCAACGUCGGUGAAAGUGCCGGAAAACUGGCCGCCAGUCCUCGCCGCCACCAUCUCCUCAUGCCGCCAUCUUGUCAUGUAGCCAUCUCCUCACGUCGCCAUCUUGUCACGUCGCCAUCGCUUUUGGCCUCGGACCGUCCACGUCCCUCCCGCUCAGGGAGCAGCGUGAGGCCGUCGGGAGCAGCCCCCUCACCCCACCCCAUACGCCCAGCCGGCAGCACGCACGAUGCCUCUCUUCGGGAAGACGUUCAGCCCGAAGAAGACCCCCCCUCGAAAAUGUGCCUCUCUCUCCAACCUGCACUCGCUGGAUAGAUCGACCCGUGAGAUUGAGCUGGGCCUGGAGUACGGCAUCCCCACCAUGAACCUCGCUGGCCAGAGCCUCAAGUUUGAAAAUGGCCAGUGGGUGGCAGAAUCGGGAAGCUUCACGGGGGAUCGUAGGGAAAUGCAGCGCUUGCGCAAACGAAACCAGCAGCUGGAGGAAGAAAACAACCUCCUUCGGCUGAAAGUGGAUAUUCUGCUGGACAUGCUCUCCGAGACCACGGCCGAGUCCCACCUGAUGGAGAAGGAGCUGGAGGAACUGAAGAACCGCAGCCGGCGGAGGAAAUGAAGAUGGAGGACGGCGGGGGAAGCGAGGAGGCCGGCUCGGGGUCUCGGCUGCCCGUGGGCACCAGACAGCUGGGGACUGGUUUGCGCCUCCCGAUCCCGUUGGGUACGGUGUGUAGGUACUUCGUUCCGUGACACCGCGAGUCACAAGAUGCCUCCGGUGUUGCGCGGUGCUGUAGGUACCAUGUCACGGCGGGUUGUCACGCCACCGCGCUGUUAAUUAAUGCUCCCCCCCCCUUUUUUUUUUUAAUCAAGAGCACUUUUUACCUGGCUCCCUUCCCUCCCCGCAGCCCAGCCCAGGUACCCUCUUCCCUGACCAGAGCAGGGGGAGAAGAUCCGCCUCGGGGUGGGGUGGGCACAAAAACGCGGGGAGACCCCCCCCCCCCGCAAAAAAAAUCUGUCCCCUCGGGGGGAGCCUGCAGCGGCUUGUACAAGCUUUGGGAUGCCGGAGUUGCUUGUUCUCAAGGGUUUCGCUUAUUUUACAUAAAAAUUUACAUUUCAAACCAGA